AUGGUGACACAAUCAUAUCCAGAAGGCCGAGUCCUUAUCAUUAUGACAGGAGGUACCAUCUGUAUGAAAUCAUCUCCGGAAGGCUUAGUUCCAGCAAGAGGGUUCCUCAAGGAAGGUAUGGCUACUAGACCAUCAUUCAACGACGGCUCAAAUCCAGAUCCUAUGCCAGUGAUGACCACAAACACCACAGAAGAAUAUUUACCCAGUUUACGUACUCCCCCAAGCACGUAUUCUCGACAUGUUCGUUAUACCUUAUAUGAAUUUCCCGUCUUACUAGAUUCAUCUUCAAUAUCUUCCAAUGGUUGGACACAAAUAGCUACCACGAUUGAGAGAAAUUAUCAUUUAUUCGAUGGCUUCGUUGUUCUCCAUGGUACAGAUAGUCUGGCAUACACAAGUUCAGCUUUAUCUUUCAUGCUGUCCCAUCUGGGAAAACCGGUUAUUCUCACUGGAUCUCAAGCAUCGAUCUUUGCUCUUCAAUCUGAUGCCGUAGAUAAUCUUCUCGGAUCAUUAAUCAUCGCCGGAACCUUCAUGAUCCCGGAAGUAUGUCUUUUCUUCCAUCACAAUUUAUUCCGCGGAAAUCGCACAACGAAAGUUUCGGCCACUUCCUUUGAUGCCUUUGCUUCACCAAAUUGUGAAGCUUUGGCCAAAGUGACCGCUUUAGGAGCAACGGUCAAUUGGAAUCUGGUUCGUCGACCACGAUCGAUCGCAAAAUUCGGGGUACAAUUAGACCUCGAUACUUCUCACGUCGCAUGUCUUCGCAUCUUCCCUGGUAUCAAACCCGAAAUGAUCGAUGCCGUCCUCCGAAUUCCGAACCUCCGAGGUCUCAUCCUCGAAACCUUUGGAGCCGGCAAUGCACCAAGUGGAGAUGAUGGAAGUAUGAUCAAGAUUAUGAAAGAGGCUUGCGAGAGAGGUGUCAUCAUCGUCAACGUAUCACAAUGUCAUUCUGGAUCCGUAUCCCCUCUCUACGCACCAGCUACCAUUCUCGGUCGAGCAGGAGUAGUCUUCGGACACGAUCUCACAACCGAAGCCGCCCUCACGAAACUCUCCUUCCUGCUCGCUCUCCCCGAUCUUUCAUAUGAAGAUAUUACCAUGCAAAUGCAAUGUUCCAUCCGAGGAGAAAUGACUGAGGAGGCCGGCACGGCCUUUUCACAUCCGGUAAAUGAUCAAGUAUCAAUCACAGCCCAACAACAUGCCUUCACAGGUCUCGGCUACGCCGUCGAAAAAGGUGACGCAAAUGCCAUCAUCAACAUCCUCGACCAUGACCGAGCCGGCCUUCUCCAAUCCACCGAUUACGUCGGCAAUACCGCGCUACAUCUCGGGGCUGUAGGACCUUCAGUAGAUGUUUUAAGAGAAGUAGGUGGUAUCUUUGCUUGA